AUGAAGCCACUGUCUUUGGUCUUUGGACUCUGGGUCCUUGUAGGAUGCUUCCUGUCCUGUGAGUGUCACAGAGGCCAUAGAAGACAUGAUCCUAGAGGGCCAUUUCCUCCUCCUCCUCCUCCCCCUCCACCAUUUGGUCCAGGAUAUGGUCGGCUACCUCCUCCUCGUCCCCCUCCAUCAUUUGGUCCAGGAUAUGGUCUACCACCUCGUCCUCCUCCCCCGGUUAUAUUUUAUCCUCCCUAUAUACCAGCUCCCCCAAAUGCUAUACCUCCAACUAAUCCUCCCCUUCAACCUCCUCCAAGCAAUCCUCCUACUCAACCUCCUCCCACAGUACAAGGAAAUACAAUACCAGCUGCCAAUGUCUCCGUAACUACUGCUACUGCCCCAAAUUCCACUGAUACUUUUCAGAGGUGGUGGGAAUUAAUAAAUUCCAUUUUUGGUAAAGGUAUAGAUGCGAGUGGUAUCACUCCUCCUAGCAGAAUCCAGCCUGACAAGUGCACAAAUGGUGUGACAGCUGACACUAUCUCAACUACCAAAAAUAACACUGUUCCAACUGAGGCAGGAGGCAACACCCCAUAUGCUUCAGAUAACAUCACUCCAACUACUACUGACAGUACUCCAACUGCUACAAAUAACAAUACUCCAACUGCUACACAAAUUACCUCCCACAAUGCUUCAGGAAACAUCAUGCAAGAGAUAGAGAUUUCAUCGCUCUUGCCGUGGGUGGCAGCCAUGUUGAUGAGAAGUCAUGAGUAUAGCUUGUCUGAUGAUACUAAGAACCCCAACCUCGCAGAAAGCAUCCUGUUCCGCUGGCACUUACGUUCUUUCAUCUCCAUCUUUGGCAAUGAUCCCUGA